AGGCGCGAGACUGAGGAAAUCUGCCCUGGGAGGCCCCAAGCUGGGGCCGAGGCUGCUGUGGACGCUUCGGACCAAGGCGGCGCACUGAGCCCAAGAUGAGGGCGUCGGUGCUGCUGACCUGCUACUGCUGGCUGCUGAUGCCGGUGAGCAGCAUCCAUCCAGAAUGUCGCUUUCAUCUGGAAAUACAGAAAGAAGAGACGAAAUGUGCAGACCUUCUGAGCAGCCAAACAGAGGAGCACAGAGGCUGCAGUGGUGUCUGGGACAACAUCACAUGCUGGCGUCCUGCAGACAUUGGGGAAACUGUCACGGUGCCCUGCCCCACGGUGUUCAGCAACUUCUACAGCAGACCAGGAAACAUAAGCAAAAACUGCACUAGUGAUGGGUGGUCGGAGACAUUCCCAGAUUUCAUAGACGCAUGCGGCUACAGCGACCCCGAGGAUGAGAGUAAGAUCACGUUUUAUAUUCUGGUGAAGGCCAUUUAUACCUUGGGCUACAGUGUUUCUCUGCUGUCUCUUACAACAGGAAGCAUAAUUAUCUGCCUCUUCAGGAAGCUGCACUGCACCAGGAACUACAUCCACCUGAAUCUGUUCCUCUCCUUCAUGCUGAGAGCCAUCUCAGUGCUGGUCAAGGACAGCGUUCUCUACUCCAGCUCAGGUACACUGCGCUGCCACGACCAGCCGGCCUCCUGGGUCGGCUGCAAGCUCAGCCUGGUAUUCUUCCAGUAUUGUAUCAUGGCGAACUUCUACUGGCUUCUGGUGGAGGGUCUCUACCUGCACACCCUCCUGGUGGCCAUCCUUCCUCCCAGCAGGUGCUUCCUGGCCUAUCUUCUGAUUGGAUGGGGCAUCCCCAGUGUGUGUAUAGGCGCAUGGACAGCAACUCGCCUCUCUUUAGAAGACACAGGUUGUUGGGACACAAACGACCACAGCAUCCCCUGGUGGGUCAUUCGGAUACCCAUUCUAAUUUCUAUUGUAGUCAACUUUGCCCUCUUCAUCAGCAUUAUAAGGAUCUUACUUCAGAAGCUAACCUCCCCAGAUGUCGGUGGCAACGAUCAGUCACAGUACAAGAGGCUCGCCAAGUCCACACUGCUGCUAAUCCCACUGUUCGGCGUCCACUACAUGGUGUUUGCUGCUUUCCCCAUCGGCAUCUCCUCCACAUACCAGAUCCUGUUUGAGCUAUGUGUUGGGUCCUUCCAGGGCCUGGUGGUAGCAGUGCUAUACUGCUUCCUGAACAGUGAGGUACAGUGUGAACUGAAAAGAAGGUGGCGAGGCCUGUGCCUGACCCAACCUGGGAGCCGGGACUACCGGCUACAUAGCUGGUCCGUGUCCCGGAAUGGCUCAGAAAGCGCCCUACAGAUACACCGUGGCUCCCGCACCCAGUCCUUCCUGCAGACAGAGACCUCGGUCAUUUAGCGGUGUCCCUCGAAUGGAACUGGCAGUGCUGCUGGGUUUGACACAUGUGUUUGCUGGCUUCCUCUGCUGCUCCAGAUGCCUGAUGCCUUACUGGGUCAGCCCUGGUCCUUACUCUGAUCCUCAUGUGUAACUCAAUCGAAACACUAAUUAUUAUUGUCAAACUCCAGCCUUUAAUCCAUCCUCUUCAUAACAUGGCUCAGCCACAUAGGCAGGUCUACUUUCAAAGACAGCAAGAAAGCCAAGUGGCCUUGAUCAUCAAAACUGGAGCCUGGUACCUCUGAAGAAGACGAGGAGGAAGUUUCUGGUUCCCUGCCUCCUGGCAGGGGGAACUGGGUCCAGAACCAGCUGAUCAUCACCGCCCUGUGGCAUGCCUGUGGAUGUCUAUGAAAUUCCUCCUCAAUCUAUGACCGACCAGGGAAACCAGCUGACGGCAGCCUUCUCAUCCUAGAAGCUUCCUGGUCCCCACGGCCUUGAGUUCUGUGCUGUGGGAUGGGCCUCUGCAUCUGGACAGCCACACCCUUGCCACUCCCUGGACCGUUUGGUAGUGACCAAAGACAAGUCAGGGACAAUGUUCCUGGUUCAGUGGCCAAGCCAGGAGCUCAUAUCCUCCUGGUCACUUGGCAUCUGCUGCUUCCUACAGGUGAUGAGCAGCUCUGGAUUCCAGGCUGGCCCAUCAAGAUGGAGGCCCUGGUGACUUGUCCAUACAACCCAGGGAUGUUCUCUAGGCAACAGAAAACUGUACUCUUUUUGAAGAAAGUCAGCAUCUUAACAUUGUUUAAAAAGAGAAUUAUUUUCUCAAAAUAUAAGAUGACAUCAAGCACUCCUUUCUAAUAUUUGCCAAUAAUAAUUCUUACUGUUCCUGUUAUUUGUGACUGUGGACAGGCAGAGCAGGGAAGUUACAGCAUGGUGAAGGAGCAGUUGAAGAGUGAGAACGCCUGUCCCUGCAGUGCCCAGAGACCCUGAGAAGCCACCCAGGCCCGGUGCAAGGGCUGUAGGUUCUGGACCUGGUGUUCUGACACAGUCUAUGUAACCACACACACACACACACACACACACCCAUACACACACACAUAUACACACACACAUACACACACAUAUACACACGCACAUACACACACAUACACAUACACACAAACACACACACAUACACACACACACACACACACACACACACACACACUUGUGCAUGCCAAGGAUAAGAGCUGCCAAGUAUUUUUCCUGUGGUUCCUGUGGCAUGUAGAUCCCAGGCAACAUGAAUGUCAGUGAUCUCAACAAUUGUUUCAGGGCCAGAGGUCUCAGGGUCAUGAAACCACAGAAGUAAGAGCCCCAUUUCCAGUUCUCUAGAAAUAAAACCAGUACAUGGGGACUUCAGGACAGCAGAGAAGUGAGUAUCUAGAGACUAGCUAAAGCCCAGUAGCCAGACUUCUGGCCGGAAUGUCUGUCCCACAGGACUGCCCCUGGAGUUUUGAUUUCAUCAACUCUUUUGUUGUUGUUGUUGUUGGUGGUGGUGGUGGUGGUGGUGGUGGUGGUAGUUGUUGUUUUUCAAGACAGGGUUUCUCUGUAGCUUUGGAGCCUGUCCUGGAUCUCACUCUGUAGACCAAGCUGGUCUCGAAGUCACAGAGAUCUGCCUGCCUCUGCCUCCCAAGUGCUGGGAUUAAAGGUGUGCACCACCACCGCCCGACUCAUCAACUCUUAACAAGCCCCCAUUUUGACGGCAGCUGGAUUGGAUGGACAGCUCAGAUAAUCUAGAAGACACCACUAACCUGCUACCUCCCAGGGCUGCAAGGCUAGAGAGCAGGUCAUGGGGAGCAAACGGCUUAGGCCAGGCACCCCAAAAAGAGGUGCUGGUGUAGCUGUAGGUGGGUGCUACAAGCCCUGGUACGAGCCUUGCCUUUCUUCACCCAGAGUCAUCACUGCUUAAUACAGCAGUUCUGGGGAAACAAAGUUCCUUCAUAUCUGAAAGUGUCCUAUCAACAACCAGGCAUGGUCACCCUGGCAUGACUCCAAAGAGACACGUAGGACCCGUGAACACAAGCAGCCGUCAUCCGAUAAGCAGUCACUGGUCACACAUGGAGCAUUCCAAUGUGCAGGGACACCAUCACCUCGGCCCAGCAUGUGCUAACACUAGACAGAGCUGGGCCUAGGUCUUCUCCCUGGUGAAGAGAUGUGCUGGUCACAAACUCGCCACUGCUGGAACUGAUCAGUCGCAGAUGCAUGUGAACCACAUGGUCAGCAUGUGAUCUUACGUGUUAUAUGUGGAAUAUCUACAAACUGCGCCACAGAGUGGAACUCAGCUGUAUAUAGACUGCAAUAAACAUAAUUUCAUUCCGUGUGAGUUUGCUACGGACGAUGGUGAGGUUCCAGAACCUAGCUGUGUGCUACUACACCUCUUGAGUGCCCUGACUCCGGACCAUCCUUCCUUACAUCCUCAUGUAGGAAGGUGGGUCUGAAGUACACGGGUUGUGUAAGUGGCGGCCAUGAGGAUGUGCCCAGCAUACCUGGCUAUUCCUACCCUGCAGCCCUAAUGCCCUCCCUCAGUCCUACAGAGCCUAAGCCUUGUCAACAGAGCAGGCUGAAGUGUAUGUGUGUGUGUGUGUGUGUGUGUGUGCUAUGCCCACAGUUAUUUAUAUAUGUGUUUAGUGUACCUAAAGAACAUGUUGUACAUGCAAGUGUGUAUGCUCAUUUGUAGGUGGGUAUUCAUGAAUGUGUAUGGGGUUCACCUAUGUGUGCGUGUGGAUGUGCUCAGGUAUAGGUCUGUGCACAUGUGUGCUUGUCUGUGGGUACUUGUGUAUUCUGACCCUUAGCCCCUAGGCAGAUAAAAUGUUUCUGCUCCACAUUCAGCAUGCUGCUGAGUGUGUAGUCACGAACAUUCUACACUGCCAUCAAAUUCUCAAGAGCAUGAACACAGAAGUGAUCCAGAGAGCUUCUGAGGAAUUUCCUCAGAGAAAGCAGCAGGAAGAGAGAAGUGAGCUCUGCUGGGCCCUCUAGGAUCACAGCUGUCCUGUCUGAUUAGGGAUGCUCAGAAUGAGGUGCCCAAAGCAGGGCAGUUCUGUGGAUAGGCCCAAGGGAGUCAGCCCGCUGGGACAGCUGGGAACCACAGUGAGAAGCUUCUCCAUCUGUGAGAAAACAUGAGCUUUCCUUUCUCACCGAAUACCGGCCAUUUUCAAUCUGCUGCUUCAGAUUAUAGGAACUUCACAAAAGAGAUAGGAAGCUCCAGCUCUUUGGGCAACUGUUAUGCAGAAAAUGGAAUGCUUGGAGACUGGCCUCCAACCCCAGAGGUAGCCCUUGAGAACUGGAUGCUGGUCCCGGGCCUUUCAGUGCCACACAGACAAUUCCCUUCCUCUCUCCUUCCCCCUUUUUACUCAUUGAAAGUAGGUCAAGCUGCCUACAGGUUCUUAGCCAGCUUUGUUCAGGCAAGCCAGAGUGGAAGUCUUUCCCUUGCGAACAUAGGAAACUUCAUUUUUUCUUUUUCAGGGCCAAAUCUCACUAUGUAGUCCAGGCUGGCUUUCAAGUCUCCAUUCUCCUGCCUCAGCCUCCAGAGUAUCUGAGAUCAGAGAUGUGUUCUCCACUGCUACCUCAGAGUACAGUAUUUCAACAACUGUAUUUCUGUUUCCCUGAGUAUUUGCCCACUAUGAGCUACAGGUGGAACACAGAAUUGAGGGCACUCAUCUCUGGGCAAGCUUGGGCCUGGGGCCUGGAGCCUGGAGCCUGGGGCCUGAGGUCUUGGGCCUGGGGCCUGGGGUCUGGAGCCUGGGGCCUGGAGCCUGGGGUCUGGGGCCUGAGGUCUGGGGCCUGAGGUCUGGGGUCUGGGGCCUGGGGUCUGGGGCCUGAGGUCUGGGAUCUGGGGCCUGAGGUCUGGGGUCUGGAGCCUGGGGUCUGGAACCUGGGGCCUGGGGCCUGGGAUCUGGAGCUUGGAGCCUGGGACCUGGGGCCUGAGUUGGCAGAAGGCUGCCCCUGCCACACUUAGAGGUGCUAAGAACUUGGUAAAGUCAGCCCUGUUGGUAUUUUCAUUUCUUCCUAGGGCUGCUUGGACAAUAUUCACUAGAACAUUCAUGUCUCUAAUAGAGAGAGACACUGAGUGUUAUCUCUACAGAUGUCUCCUCUAACUCUGGUUUAAAGUAGAACCUUAGCCUGGAUGAGUGGGCAGCCUCCCUCUACUCCAGCUAUUUACAAACGACAAAUGAACUCUUCCAUUAUUGGGAAAUAGGGACAAGGACAGGAGAGGCAGCUCGGGAGGUCACAGCUCUUCACACUGUCAUCCUCACUGCCAGCAGUGUGCUACACGGGGACUCGGACCACACAAAGGAUUUGGGACAUCUUUUAUAUAGAAAUGUGUUCUUUUUAGAUGAAAAGAGGCACACCCUUCCUUUGUGUUCUCUGGAGAAUUAACAAGGAAGCGGAGCAAGUGGCCAUGUCAGCAGGUGGUCACCUGGCCGCUGAAGACAAUCUCUCUUCUGGACCCUGCAGGGAGGACACUCACCCCCCAAGUCUGUUUAGGACCUUUUCAAAGGCUGCUUCUAUUGAACAGCUGGAGCUGAAGAUAACGCACUGGAGGAUAAUUACAAAGCAGGGGCCAGACAGCUCUCCAUUUAAAAGUCAAGGUUUUCAUAAUCCUCACAUGUGGAGUUUUAUGUAAAAUCUCAAAAAGGAACAGAAAUGCAAUGCCCCUUCAAAAUCCUAGCUAUUGUGGUUCAAAUAAUGUAGUUAAAGUAAAAUAUGUAAACUGUGGAUUUUUUAAUCAUAAAAAAUUAUUACCCUCCUUUCAGCUUUAAAGAUACAGUAUGGUAAAGCCCCCGUGCUGCGGCUUGUUAGGUGCUGAUUUUUCUAUUGCAGGAGUAGGGCCUUUUUGUGACACCAUAGUAAGUAUUCUUACAUCUACAGCAGCUGACGGUUCAUCUAGGUCCAGUGUAUGAGAGUUGCCACAUGUGGAUUCUGAACUCAUGUACCUGACUCCCGGUGAGGCCUGCUCAUCCUAGGGCCUUCAGUUCAUUAUCCCCUGGCCCUCACCCCCUGCAUCUGCCUCUUCCCUCUCUCCACAGCUCUGCUUUGUCAGGGAGAUGCAUGCGCUGUGAAAGUGAGAGUCUUACAGGGAGGGAGGAAGAGCAGCAGAAAUGGGCGGAGCUGGAGGGUCCAGGUGACACUGAGUGGUUAGAGCUGAUGGUCCAUGUGUCACUGUGAGGAAGAGGCAAUAAGGAGAGUGACCUGAAAGGUUAAGAGUCAUUGCCAGACAAGCUGAGGAACAGCAAAGCAUAGCCCAAGAUAUGGGCAGUCAAGGGAUUAAGGGCCCAAAGGCAAAAGAGAAAGUAGACACAGUCCCAAAAGCAAUCAGGACCUCUACAGCAUAGCACUGAGCAUGGGGUGGUGGGUGGGUCAGGAGUUCAAUCCCAAACCAGCCCUGGCCUCUCAGAGGCUCCAUCCAGGUUCAAUACAAAACCCUUGCGGCUGCCAAUAACCCUGGAGCAAAGCAGCCACACCAGAAUGUGGAAGCAGCUAGAUUGCAGGGAGCCCACAGUGGGUCAGGGCUGCACUUGCAGGACAGUACGGCAGCUAGACCAAGUCACUGGAGCCAAUGACUCCACAAGACUCCACAAGAUGCUCCAGUGACAGAGACUCCCUGUACAGAGGCAAAGGUAACAUGUUCCAGGACAGAUGAGAAACCUUCACCCAGGCAUCUUGGAAAUGCACCCUACACUUGGUCACCAUGAGGACCUGCCCGGCUGAUCUAGAGCCACCAUGUGUCCUAGAAUGGAGUUGUUGAUAACCAUUUUACCAAAAACUGGAAAAGGCAAGAAGAAUAAGGAAAAUGAUGCACACUCCAAAUAAGUAAAAGAAAAUUAAACCUAGAUGCUCUGAUGGCCUAUAAAAGUGACCUGUACACAGUGGCAGUGACAUUAAUUUCAAGCUAUGCAUAGUAUGAUGAAAAACAACUUGGUGGGUUUAGUACAAUGAAUUAUCAUAAUAUAAUGUAAUACCCAUUGUAACUCACAACAUAUUAGUUCCCAAGUUUAUUUACUCUAAAUUUUUUAAAUAAACUUCAAAGUGUACAUUACAUUUAACCCAGUAAUUUUAUUUCUGGAAACCUUUCCUAACAAUACUCCAAUUUAAACAUAGUCAUUGCAGUGAUAAUUAAAAACUGAAAAUAAUCUAAUAUUCAAUCAUUAAAGAAUGAAUAAAUAGUUACUGAGAAUAUAGAAUAAAGAGCCUGGCAUUGGAGCCCAUGUGAAGAAGGUGAUUCCAAGGACUAUGUCCUAUGUGCCACCUCUGACAACCACAUGCCCUCAGCAGUGUGUACUGCUGCACCCUCAGAAAUGAGGUCAGGACCAUGGGAAGAGUCAUCCAUACACAGAAGUACCAGCUUGCUGUACUCUGUCACCUGAGAGCAUCUACCAGCACGGAAACUGCUUGCUCAGCCUGAAGCCUGAGACUUCCACCACUGCAUUCCUCACAGUAAUUAACUCUGCCAAGUAAACCAUGAAUAAUCGACACAAAUUACAUGAUCUAUUUACUCACCUAGCAAUGAUAUUACAUAAUGCAAUGAAGGACAGACACUUUUGAUCAGAUAAACUGCAGAAAUGGAAAGCAUGGCUUAUUCCACCCAGAGGGUUGUCAUCUUCAUACCUGUAGACCACACCACUAAUCAGCAUAGCAUCUCUUUGCAAUAUAGACACCUUCCCGGCACUGGCACCCCUUCCUGAGCUUGGCAUCUUCUCCUGCCCAGAAAGAUAAACAGCCAGUUCAUCAAGAAACAUAACGCUAAGUGUGUGCGCACAGAACUUACAUAUACAUGAUCGGCGUCGUGGUCUGUCUUACCUCUCACUUUCCUCGUUGUAACAUAUGAAUUUCCUUAGCAUCAAGGGAACUACAACCAUGAGGGAACAAUGGUUAGGAAAGGGCAUGCUCUUUGCUUACUUCUGAAAAUAAAUAUCUACACAUUUUAGGUCUUUAUGAACCUGCAUUUAAACUAAGAGCCAAUAGUUGCUUUGGCCAUCUUGUGCAUCAAGAACUUGUACAAUGAGCUGGGCAGUGGUGGCGCAUGCCUUUAAUCCCAGCACUCAGGAGGCAGAAGCAGGCAGAUCUCUGUGAGUUUGAGGCCAGCCUGGUCUACAAAAUGAGAUCCAGGAAAGGCACAAAGCUACACAGAGAAACCCAUUGUACAAUGAGUCUUUGCCCCAGGAUGCAGAAUGAGGCUGUGUUUAGAGAUGGAUUUUACAGAAGUCACUGAGUCACAAUAAGCUCAGUAUGGUCCAGCAUCACUCUUUUGCAUAUGGACACCCAGUUUUCCCUGCACCAAGCUGAAGAAGCUGUUCUUUCUCAUUGGAUGGUCUUGGCAUCCUGUCUGAGGAGCACAUGACCACAACUAGCCAUGUCUGCAGGGUUUGGUUCUGGCACUGGUCAAUGUGUCUAUCCAUACGUCAGAACUGUACUGCUGGUUAUUGAAUCUUGAGAUGUGUUUGAAGCUCAGCUUCCUCCUUUUUCAAGAUCUCUCUGUCUCACUAGGGUCCCUUGGUAUUCCAUAUAAAUUUUAGAAUGAAUUUGAGUGAGGCAUUGAGAUCUUCAGGUAUUAUUGUAUGGCUGUCUGUGUCUUCAAUUCUGUGAAGAUUUCCAUUGUGUCAUAAAUGUAUGCAAUUGUUUUGUAUGUUAUUAUACUGAAUCUUUAAUGAGUUUAUACUUUGUCUCUGUAUAUUUUUCUGACUUAACAUCUACCAUCUUUCAUUCACACACUGGCCUUGGCUUCCUAUUGGUAUAGCACAGCUUUUCUAUCCUUUUCCUUCUGGACCCAUCUGUGUUUCUUGAUCUAAAUCAAGUAUCCUAUGAAGAGUCCAUAGCUAGGUCAUAGGUUUGAUUUUUCUCUGUGUAGCCUUGGCUGUCCUGGAACUCCCUCUGUAGACCAGGCUGGCCUUGAACUCACAGAGAUCCACCUGCCUCUGCCUUCCAAGUGCUGGGAUUAAAAGCAUGCAACACCACCUCCCUGCCAUUUUUGUGGUUCUUAGGUGUCACAGUUGGGCAGGACUCAACAGUUUCCUUCCCUUGACAAAUUGCAUAGUAUUUUCUGGUACCAUGAAAGCUAAGCCACAGAAAGAAGGCUUUCAGGUUAGAUCCAGCUCAGAUAAUUGAAGUCCUAUAUCCUAAAUUACGCAGUGUCUUCAGCAAUAGGGUUUUGCCUCUGAGAAGCCCCCAAGGGCAACAGCCAUAGUCUUUAUUAUUUUUGGAGUCACUUGGAAUACACUGGUCAACCAUUCUCAAACCUGGUACUGGGAUUUUUGUUAGUCUAUAGUUCUUGUGGGGAACAUUGCCGAAAUGAUCCCCAAUGGUGUAGCUUCCUUUAAGAUCUAUAUAUGAAGGUGUGUAGAUGAAUAUAUAUAUAUAUAUAUAUAUAUAUAUAUAUAUAUAGAGAGAGAGAGAGAGAGAGAGAGAGAGAGAGAUGGAGAUGGAUAUAGAUAUAUGCAUACACUUAUAUGUAUCAUGUAUGGUUUUAGGUAAACAGAAAAUAAUACGUUUCCUAAAGGUUUUAUCAAGCACCCUUAGUGUUGUUUGUACCUCCUCUCUCUUCUGUAUCAACCUCCUUCUCCCCUCCACAGGUGGAGGCUCCUCUCCAUUUUUCCAUAGCCCCGCUUCAUAUCACCUGUAUCAUGGAUCCCCUCUCAAGCCCCAUCUACCACAGUCCCCUUCUACAUUCCUGGUUUCUUCAAUUGCUCCAUGUUGCAUAUUCAUAUCUGAAGAUUUUGGAGCUUAGAACCACAUAUGAGAGGGAACAUGUACCAUUUAUCUUUCUGAGUCCAUGUUACCUCACUUUGUUCUAUCUUCUAGGUCCAUCCAUUUACCUACAAAUUUUAAGAUUUCAUUUGUCUCUACAGUAUGGUGAUGAAUAGUAUGCCAUUGUAUAUAUGCCACAUUUUCAUCUUCCACUCAUCUGCUGUUGGACAUUUAGGUUGUUUCAAUUCUCUGGCUAUUGUGACUAUAACAGCAAUGAGCAUGGCUAAGCAACUAUCUGUAGAGUAGGAUGCUGAGUCCUUUGUGCACAUGCCAAGGAGUGAUAUAGCUGGGUCAUAUGGUAGGUUUAUUUUUAGUUUUUUGAGGAUUCUUAAUACUGAUAUCCAGAGUGCUACAUCAGUUUUCAUUUCUGUAAAUGAGGGUUCCUUAAAUUUGCCCAGCAGAGUCCAAUGGGAUACUGAGGAAGACAGGUGUCCAAGGCUGACUUUUAGGGUGACUGUUCAGACAUAAUGUGAAUGAGUGUGAGCUAGGUUGCCACCAUUCAGAAAAGUAGACUUUCAGGAAACUCUAAGAGCAAACAACAAAGUGAGCUGCUACAGCCCACCUCUGGUUUCAUUUCUCAGAAGGUGGCCCAGCCAUGGAGGCUACCUUCCAUGGAGUCCCGUCCCUCACUUUGCAGGAAUCUGGUCAGUAGUUCUCCAACUCUCCUUUUUAUCUUUAAUUUAAUUAACUUUUUGCAGUGCUGAGGAUCAAGUCCUUGUGAACACUAGGCAAGCGCCCUACUGCUGGACCACAGUCCCACCCUCUGUCCUUACCUUCUUUGCACUCUCUUCUCUGUGAGGGCCUUGGGCUAUGUGGUAUCCUAUAGCCAAACAGUCACAUGUGCCAGCUCAGCCUUCCCUUCCUCUUCUCAUAAAGCUUUAAGGUCACCCUCUGGUCCUUAUCUAACUCAGUCACCUUCCAAAGGCUCUAAUCCAAACAUCACCAACCUGACUUUGGGGGAUGAGUCUCUAAGACAUGAACUUUGGGGGACAUAUGCAAAUUGCCCCAAGAAAGCCCCUGGGGGAAGCUGUCUGGUCUAAGAAAGAGCUAAGGAAGUGACACAAGG